AAAAUCUUAUAUAAAUCUACGAUCACAAAUAUGAAUGUGUAUCUAUGUUGCAAAAUUAGUAAAAUAGUCUAUAUUAACGCGUCACUAUUAAAUAUCAUAAGUAAAUUAUAAUUUAAAUUAUAGUUAAUUAUAGUUUAAAUUAUAACAGUCGAAACGGGCAAUAUGUUCAGAAUUCUGAUGAAUACCGCACAUUUUAAUGGUUAAGUGAGAAAUGUACUCAAUAAUUAUCCAGAUAGAAAUGGAUUGGCAGAGAAGGAAACCAGUCGCGCAUUAUCUUCACGUUCGCCAGACUUGAAUCCGAAAGAUAUUUUAUAAACGAUAUUGUUUUUUAACAUAGUGAAUACUCUUUUCUUGUGUAUCUUUAUAAAGUUACUUUAUGACACUGUCAAAGGCUGCUUUCUCUUUUUAGUUUUAAAAGUCGCUUUCGGAUUUUUAUCCAUGGAAACUCUAUUCGCAAACUAUUGAUAACGAAAAUUUCAGAAAGUUGUAAAAAUGAGGGAUAAGUUCAAUGUCUAAUAUCCUCACGUUAUCUCAAUCAAAAGUAUGCUCAAACUAUAGCACAUGUUUUUGAACUGCAGGUGAAUUUGCAUUCUGGUAAUUUCACGGUGUUCAGAAAUUUGUGUUUUUAAUUGUCUUCCACUCUGACUUACAAAAAUAAUUUUAACAAUCUGAACAAGUUAACAUAACAUCAAUAAUUGAAUUAGAGAAUUUUUCUUUCCCUUUUUUUUGCGCACUUGAUCCUAGCACUUGGCUUAUAUAGAUUUUAUUUCUACAAUUUUUUGAAACUUUGAUCUGUAAUCAUUAGGUCUUUUAAAUUGUUAUUUGCAUUAUUAAUAUUUGUGAAGCUAUACAGAAUCGUCAAUGAACCUUUGAAAUAAUUCAACCUUACUCCGCUGUGUCAAUAGCAGUUUUCAAUUAAAUGGCGAUUAUUUUGAACAUUUGUUAUAUUCAAAUAUUUUAUUCAAGGAUAAUAAUUAAAAUAUUAGGUAUUUAAUUCAAACGUUUAUUUAUUAUUAGUAGUAGUUAGUAUUAAUAGUAACGUUAACGUAAAUUUGUCUUAUUAUAACUUCACAAACACUGAUAUUUGAUGAUGGGUUUAUAUUUCUAUUUCAAUAAGAAUAUGCUUCAGAAGUUUGUCCGAAUGUUUCGUAAACACUCUAUAUACAGUCGAUGUCCGAAUUUCGUACAUGUUGAAUUUUCCAAAUAAUAUUAAAAGCUUAUGCAGGUCUUUCAAAUAAAUAAAACUGUAAUUUCUUCAAGGUCGCACACUAUGGCUGUCGAAAAGCUCAUUUAUCCUGCGGCGGAACGCAAUAAGGAUCCGAUACUGUCACUGAUAAAACGAUAUAUCCGGCCUGGCGCUAAUCAAACUUUUCUGGAGAUAUCCUCCGGUUCGGGACAACACGUGGCCCAUUUCGCGCCCUACUUUCCACACGUCACAUUUUACCCGUCGGAGUAUGAACAGUCUCUACUAGGAAGCAUCACUGCACACGCGAACGGACACGCAAAUAUAAAAAAACCCAUGCUAAUCGACAUUACCACGGAUUUCUCGUUAUGGGGUAAUGACAUCUUCAAGCCAAACAGUUUGGACUACAUGUACAACGCAAACAUGAUGCACAUCACGCCGUACCAAUGCACCAUCAGUUUAUUCUGGAACGCUGGCCAAUUGCUAAAGAAUAACGGAUUAUUGAUAACAUAUGGACCAUACGCCUGUGACAAUAUAAUCUAUCCGCAGAGUAACGUGAAAUUUCACAACUCCCUAAAAUCGCAAAAUCGCUGUUGGGGUUUGCGAGACAUAAGGGACUUGCGGCAUUUGGCCGCGAAAAAUGAUAUGAGUCUGAUGGAAACCGUGGAAAUGCCUGCUCAUAAUAAGACGCUUAUUUGGAAAAAAUACGCGGGAGUUGAAGCGGGUGAACAUGUGUCUUCAACUGACAAAGCAGCUGGCGAAACUGUCAAAACUUAGGUAACUUCGAUAACACACAAAAGAGACAUAACUAUCGUUAAGCUUGAAUGUGAACAGAUUGGUUUAAAUAUAGAACCAAUCAAUCAUAAAAUAUUGCUUGCACGAAUCUUUAUUGAAUCUCUGUUAGAGGCACGGUUGCACGAAUGAGCAUAAUUAAUACGAUUUGUAAUAUUUUUGUAGCUUAUCACAUAAAUGUAUUCUAUAUUAUUUUAAAAAAUAUUUUAUAUACAAGAUUUGUAUUACAAUUAUUAUUAAUAGCGUAUGUGUAUACAUACAUACAUUUUAUUUUAUAUUUAUAUUGCUUAAAGCAUUAGUCCCUGAGAGAUCUGAUUUUAAAUAUGAGGUUCAUAAGACACCUUCUGACGCACUAAUGCAACAUUAUAUCCUGAUGAUCAAGUAACUAUUAUGGAAAGAAGUGUAACAUCGCGGUAUAACUAAUACCUUCACAUUACGUUACUUCUAUCAUCUCCGAAAAAAUCCAAAUCUUCCAGUCCCUCUGGUAAAUAAUUUAAUCCAGAAUCCUCCCUAUGCUUCAUAUUGUAUCCCUUGCUGUAUCCUGAAAGAAUACCUCGAUUUAUUGAAAGCGCAUCUGUAAAGAAGAGAAUAAGAGAGAGAAUGAGAAGUAAGGAAUAAAAUAUUUACCCAAA